GAUUCCGUUCAGAUCCGGUUUUGAUAACAACUCUAAUCGAUACGUAACAAAUUGUGAAUAUCGUGGUAUCCUCAAAAACAUGCAGCUUUGGUUGUUCACAUUUCUACCUUGUAUGGUAGCGGGUGGGACCUCACUCUUGGUGGGAACGGGGUCGUCAAGCGAUUUUGAAAUCGUCAACCUUUCUGAUCCGGAUGCAAUUUGUAUGCAACCUAAGGACUAUCCCCAUCAGACGGCUUGGUCCGUUGCUGGAACGCUAGCAGGAAAACCCUUGAUCUGUGGCGGAUUCAACCCGCCUGAUAAGGUGGGUGUGACAUGCCAUGUCUAUUAUCAAGGUGGUGAUUCAUGGUACGAAGGGGGCUGGGUGAAUCGCAUCUGGUCCGCGGGAGUGAAUCUCACACCGCGGACGUUCUUCAUGGGCGGUGGAUCCUUAUCCCAGAUUCACAACGAGACCUUUUUCAUUGAAGACUCCGGUGUGGCUCAAGGCCCGGAUCUGCCAGAGGAGAGAAUGGCACACUGCUUCGUUCGAAUCAACGACCACCAGAUCUUCGUCGUUGGAGGAAACGAUGGUAGUUUACCUGUAAAAACCGUCUACAUUUACGAUUUCUCCACUGACGAAUGGACCGCCCAACCGCCACUCAAACAAGUUCGAUCCUGGGCCUUUUGCGGCUCAGUGACCGACUCAGAAUCAGGAAGUGUAACUGAAAUUGUGGUGGCAGGAGGAACCUUUCAAACCAAGCCCCUGGCCACAUCCGAGAUAUUCGAUUUGAAGACCAAGUCCUGGCGACAAGGCCCCUCUUUGCCCACCCCAAUUUUCUCAGGUGCCUCUGUCAAUCAUGACCAGAGUUUUAUUUUGGUCGGAGGUUCUGAUGGCGUGAACGCCCGCGACGAGCUUCUAACCUAUGACCCGGAGCUUAAAGAGUUCGUGGUCCUUGCCGCCAAACUACGAAAACCUCGACAAGAUCAUGUGGCCAUCAUUGUAGAAGAUUCCCCUGGCCUGACUUGCUAAUCUCGUUCAAUGAAAACUAGGCAGCAAUUGUCACCCUUUAGAAGUCACCUUGGGUGGUCAGUGGUCCGUUUUUGACCGGCCGCCCUUUAAUUGGACCAACCGUUUUCUCAUUUAUUUCAAAAAGAAUCGCCGCGAACCCUGUCCUCGAGCACUUCCUCAAAAAUCCACUGUUAUAAGUACGAUUCAUCUUUGGCCACAAGCUCGCUUAUCUGAAGUACAAACAUGAUGUGUGAGUGUC